AUAUUCUCUUCAAUGUUAUGUUUUAUGACAAAAACAUAACCUAAUAAUAACUUUCUGACUGUUGUCAAGUAUUUUGAUUACAAAUGUGUUAGAUUGAGUGCAAUAUUUUUAACCAAUGGCAAAUGAUCGGGAGGUACUUCGGGAAAUCUGGGAUGGAAAGAUCCCAGUCUGUUUUACUCUCAACUCUGAAGAAAUUUGCGAUUUGCAAGGGCCAGAUCCAUUUUAUUUGAUGGUACCUAGAUUAAGUUAUUUUCCACUAUGUACAGAAAAGGUUCGAAAACAUUUCAUACGUCAUAUACAAAGUGACAGUAAACAAGAGCAUGAGAUGUGGCUAGAAUUUAAUGGAAUGCCAUUAAAAUGGCACUAUCCAAUUGGUGUUCUACUAGACAUUUAUUUCAAUGACAUUCAAUUACCUUGGAACAUUGUCGUCCAUUUUGAUAAGUUUCCAGAGAAUGUUCUAAUGCACUGUCAAAACAAAGAAGUUGUAGAAGCACAUUUUCUGUCUUGUAUAAAAGAAGCUGAUGUUUUGAAACAUAGAGGUCAAAUCGUUUCUAGUAUGCAAAAAAAGGACCAUACCCAACUAUGGAAUGGCAUUAUGAAUGAUAAAUUUGAUCAAUUCUGGUCUGUAAAUGGUAGGCUUAUGGAAGCCAGUACUGAAGAGGGAUUUAAAUAUAUACCUUUCCGUUGUUAUACAAGUGAAGAUAAAUAUAUACAAAGACUCGUAAAGCCAAUGAAUGAAGAAGGCCAAAGAAAGACUUUGAAGCAUUUGUUAAACGAAGUGUUUCCGGAUCAGGAAAAUGUUACAGUGCGUACUCAUGGUAUUAUACCACCGUUAGAGACGCCGCUUCAGUGGAUGUCGGAACAUUUAAGUUAUCCAGAUAACUUUCUACAUUUAAUUGUAGUCACGUCAUAAUAUUUAGGGAAACAGAUAAUUUCAUUCUCAAUGAUGAAAUCAUUUUUCUGUGAUUAUUCUGUUUUAACAUAAUUUAUUACUUUAUGGUAUAUUUAUUU